AUGGAAAUGGGUUCAGAAGGAGACAAAUUUGGUUGGAGAUUUGGAAGCCACACUCGACGGACAAACUGCGCUGCCCACCGUACCGGCGGCGGCGGAGACCUGACCGCGUCUUAUCUCCUACUUCUUUCGGGUUUCUGCUGCUGCUGUUCCUCUCUCGUCCUGUUGGUCAUGGAUUUGGAAGCUAAUUACGAAAUAGCUCGCGUGGCGGAAUUCAUUAUAAGCCGUAACUUCACCAGAGUAGCUCUGCAGUUCCCAGAUGAACUACUGAAAGAUUCUAUGAGGGUUGUGAAAGCUUUGCGCCAAGAGCUCGAAUCUCAUGUGAAAUUGUAUGUAAUGGCUGACACAACAUACGGAAGCUGUUGCGUAGAUGAAGUUGGAGCAGCUCAUGUCAAUGCCGAUUGUGUCGUUCAUUAUGGGCACACGUGCCUCAGCCCGACAUCAACACUUCCUGCAUUGUUCAUUUUUCAAAAAGCUUCUGUCGUCACAUCAAAUUGUGCCAGAACUUUACUUGAUCAUGGAUUGAAAAGUGGGAAGCCUAUUUUGGUUCUUUAUGGACUGGAAUAUGCACAUGCCAUAUCCGAAAUAAAAAAAUUGUCCACAUCUAGUGUUUCAAGUGCACAUGGAUCUACACCCACACCCAUCUUAGAGCACUUCUAUGCUGAUGCAAACUCUCCAGUUAUAAGCCCGUCUGAAGAAUGUGGGGUUUCAAAUGAAUGUGAAACUGAAACCGAAGAAACUGGUCAAAAUUACAACAUCGGUGGUUUGAGUUGGAGAUUACCCCAGGGACGGAAAAUGGAGGAUUAUUUACUUUUCUGGAUUGGCUCGGAAGAUACAGCAUUUGCCAAUGUUGUACUGACAUUCAAUAGCUGUGAAAUAGUCAGAUAUGAUGCAGCAGGAGAUAGAUUGAUUAAUGACUUGUCUCAAGCGAAAAAAAUCCUUAGGCGCAGGUAUUACCUAGUUGAGAAAGCAAAGGAUGCCAACAUGAUCGGAAUCUUGGUUGGGACACUUGGUGCAGCUGGUUAUCUUGACAUGAUCAAUAAAAUGAAGGAACUGAUAACAAAAGCUGGGAAAAAGUCGUAUACAUUUGUUAUGGGAAGGCCAAAUCCUGCAAAACUUGCUAAUUUUCCCGAGUGCGAUGUUUUUAUCAAUGUAUCUUGUCCACAAACUGCUCUAUUGGAUAGUAAGGAGUUCUUAGCUCCUAUAAUUACUCCGUUUGAAGCCAUGCUUGCUUUGGUCAGGGGAAGGCAAUGGACAGGAGAAUAUACAGUGGAAUUUCGAGAUUUGAUUGCUUCAUCUCCUUUAGCAUGUGAACAACAGCCUGACGAGGCACGGUUUUCUUUCAUUCAGGGUAGUUAUGUUGAACAUUUGGAUCUACAAGAUGAAGAGGAGAAGGAUGAAAUCCUUGCACUGGUGAACACCACAGAAAAAGCCGUGCAAUUGAGGAGUGACGAUAACAAAAGUGUAGCCAAAACCGGGGCCGAAUAUCUAAUGAGUCGAUCGUAUCAAGGGCUGGAAAUUAGUGGGAUCGAAUCUCCUCCGGGGAAAUUUUUGACUGGGAGAAGUGGGAAAGCAUCAGGGUACAAGAACGAGAAUACAAGGUGA